AUGGGCGAGCAAGUGCUGCCUGGCGCCCCCGAUCAGCCAGUGGGCGAUUGGAGGUUAUGUAAGGAACGGCUGGCAUCUGGCCCCGAGGGCCCGUUGAACAAUGUGUCCGGGUGGACGAUUGGCCCAAUUGAUGAGUGCUCCCUCGAGGCCACGGAGAACCUGCUGAAGGGCAUCGCCCAGGUGCUGAACGAGGAGCAGCGGCUGCUCAUCUACAAGCUCCUCAUCGUCAUUUUUGCGGUCAUCGAGACAAAGCUAUCAGCCGCCGCGGAUGAGGAUGAGGCCAAGAUGCUCAAAUCGGUGCGCAACCAGGCGAUGGGCAGGAUGCGGCAGUACGUUCUCGCCUUUGCGCAGCACGAAUGGAAUGCCGACCAAGUGCGAGCCCUAUGGAAAUGGGCCGUUGUGCCGUACGUCGAGAUUCGACAAGAAGGCGAACGUACGCUGACCGUCGCGAUUUCUUCGGUUCUCGGUUUAAUCGAGGCCAUGUCUGAGAUGCCAAAAUUGUUCCACCUUCUCGUCGCCCGAAUCCAGAUCGACGACGUCGAGACGUGCCCCCUCAAGAUUAUGGUCGACUCGUUGCUGUGGGAGAAGACUGUGCCAAAAUACAUCCAAAUGGUGCGCACCGGACUCGUGUCUAUGCUCGAAUUUGCCGACGAGACCCCGGAAUACGUGGCCGAGCUCGAGUAUUUGCCCUAUGAGCAGAAAGAAGGAAUCAACCUUGGCACCUCGUUGCUCGUCACCCAGCUCGACACGAUCCUCGAGUACGUCGCCCGAACGCUGGAGGGCGGCAAGAGGGGCAAGGCUUCCGUCGAUGGCGAUAAUCUGAAGAUCCUCAGCGAACUGGCGCCUUUCAUCCACCAGCCAGCCAUUGCCGAGCGCUUCACCCUGUGCCUGCUCAUCAUCCUCGACCGGAAGAAGAAGGACGCAAAGCCCGAGCUCAUCGCCAAAAUGCUCAACACGCUCGCGGCCAUCGUGCGCAACCUGGAGCGACCGGCCGAGAUCUAUUUGCGACUACCGAAGCUCUUCGUCGCCUUCGAAGAUCGACAAAUUCGUGCCGCGCUGAGCGAGCUGUGCAACGGGCUGUCCGAGAAUCCGAACGUCCAGGCGGUCGACAAAACACUACUCUCCUCCCUGCGCGACCUCGAAAGCUGGAACCCUCGCCGACUCGACGAGCCCGACUACGAGCGCCGCGCCCUCGGCUAUGCGAUGCUUUCCAAAAUCUUCCGUGAAGCCACGGCGCGCCCACAUGUGCAGCUCCUCUGCGCCGUCAUCCAAUCAACCGCCCACACCCUGGCCGUCAUCGACGACAUUGCCCUGCGUGCCCAGGCCUCGCUGAACCUGCGCGAUUUGAUCGACUACCUGCCAAAGCCCGGAUAUGAUGAGCAAGAGCUCCUCAAGGCCAUCGACCACCAGCUUUUGCCAAUGAUCGUCCGCGGAUUCAAGCAGCCCCAGCAGAACGUGCGCGACGAGUUCAUCAGGGCACUGCACGUCCUCGUCUGUGCGUUCCCCGGCCACCCCCACAUGGCCGAGCUGGGCAAGACGAGAAAUGUCGAAAAUCCGGACCGAGACUUUUUCGAAAACGCAGUCCAUAUCCAAAUCGGGCGCCGAAGGGCCGCGUUCGCCGACCUUGCUGAGGAUAUUGAGGCUGGCAAAAUCGAGAUGAACGCGCACGUGAUGGUGGACUAUCUGAUCCCACUCCUCCGCCACUACAUGCUUGACGUCAACGAGAAGAUGAGCUCGGUUUCCGAUGCUUCGCUCCUCUUACUCGUCGCCGUCCUGAAGCGAACCCCGUGGAAUCAGUAUAUCCGUCUCCUCGACCUGUACAUCAACCAACUGGCCCAGGACUUGGAGAACGAGAAGGCGUUCAUCCGAAUCGUGUGCGCCGUGCUGGAUGCUUUCCACUUCAAAGCGAUGGAAGACGAGGCGGAGGAGGAAUAUUUACCCCCGCCCGAGAUUGAUGAGGAGCCGAUGGAAGUUGACGAGCCGCCAGCACCCGUUGAGGAGGAAGAAGCCGAGAAGGCGGCGCCCAAAAAGUUGCCAAAGGUCGAAAAACCCGUCUCGCCGAAGGUCGUCUACGACAAGGUCGUCAAAAACCUGCUGCCCAAGCUGAAGCUGGCCAUCAACGGGAAGCUGAACCCGAAAUCGAAGGACGUGCACAAACUGGCGAUGGACUCGGGCAAGAAGCACUUCCAGGAGGAUGACGACGUCCGGAGGGCACCGAUUACCUUGGCCGCCGUGAAGCUGCUGCUCAAGCUCCCGCCGAUUAUCCUGAAGCACCAGUUACAUGGGGUCAUCCUGAAACUUGUCGAACUGCUCGUUGCCCGAUCCGAUCGUGUGCGCGACACGGCGAGAAAGGUGGCAACACAAGUCGUCCUCGCGCUGGGCCCGAAAUAUUUCCCGUUCGUCAUCAAGGAGAUGAAGCAUGUGAUGAAGCGCGGUUUUCAAGUCCACGUCCUCAUCUACACGACAAAUAUGCUGAUGGGCGUCAUGCGAGACCGACUGAAGCCCGGCGACCUAGACGCUUGCCUCGAGGUGGUCAUGGAGCUGUGCUGCGAGGACUUGUUCUACGCGGCCGCCGAGGAGAAGGAAAUCGACGCCAUCAAGGCGAACGUGCCGGAAGCAAAGGCGCGACGAACGAUGGAUACCGUGGAGAAUGUUGGAAGAUUUGUCGGCACCUCCUCCCUGCGCACCGUCCUCGAACCCCUCUACCUGGUCGUCGACAAGAAGCCGACGGCCAAAGCAAUCCAGACGGUCGGCGAACUGUUGAUGCACAUGGCUGUCGGAGUGAAGGAAAACCCCGGAAUUCCUUUGCCCACCCUCCUCAUCUUUUGUCAUCAACUUCUCGAGGAGCACGUCGCCAAGAUGACGGCCGUUCAGAACAAGCGCACCACCGUCAUCAACGAGGCCAAGGGCGUCAUCAAGCCGGAGAGCUGCUGCAUCAUACCAAUGGAGCCCCGCCGCCUGGGCGAGAUCACGAAGCAAUCCCUGAAAAGUCGGUCUCACGUCUUCGUCGAGUACGGCCUCCAAAUUAUGGCGUUUCUGUUGCAAAACAAGAAGUUCGACCCGGAAUCCAGCGACGAUGCCGCCAGGCUCGAUCCAUUCGUCUCCAUCUUAGCCCAAUGCUUGACGCUAAAAUACGACAAGGUGACCUCCUUGGCACUGCGCUGCGUCUACCGUAUGCUUAUGUUCCCGCUUCCCUCCCUACACUCCAAUACCAAGUCGCUGACCGAGCGUCUCUUCGUCAUCCUGGCCGACUACUCGGCCCUUGGUGGGGCUGGAAACAAGCAGGCGGUGCUUGAGCUGAACCAGCUGUUAUUCAAGACCUUCACGGGGCUCAUCAAAAUCUCCACAGCCGCACUGCUCGACGACAAGCACAUCGAGCUGCUGCUGAACUACGUGGCUACCGACGUGAUGGACAGCGCGAAGCAGGCGACGGCUUUUGCCUUGCUGAAGACGAUCAUCGCCAAGGAGAUCAAGCAUCCGCUGCUCGUUGACGUCGUGAAGCUGCUGCGGCAGCAAGCUGUUGUCAGCGAUUACCCGAGCGUGCAAGCUCAGUGCCGAGUUGUAAUUUCCGCCUUUAUCCAACACCCGCAAGCCCGCAAGCCAAAGCUGGAGCUCGAGUGGUGGCUUGACCAACUCGAGUACGAGCAUGAGGGAGGUCGGCUGAGCGCUGCCGAGAUGCUGAACACGUUAUUCACCACGCUGUUGCCGGAACGGCUAGAAGAAGUCGCGUUGAUCGCCGUUGUGAAGCUCGGCGCACAGCUUGUCAACGACCCGUCAAUAAAAUGUCGUCGCUACUGCUCGCUGGCCAUCCGCUCGUUGCUCGCCGCACUAAAGGAAGGGUCCAGGAACGAGAUCUUCUCGGCGGCCGUCGAUUGGCUCGACUCGGAGAAUGAGGCGAAUUUUGCCGUCGCCGCUGGCGUCAUCUCGCAGUUGGCCGGGGCUGAAGAGAGCAGAUUUGCGAACCGGAGUCAGGAGGCCUUCUCCCAGUUGCUCAAGGUGCUGGCGGCUGACGAUGCGCUUGAGGAGCUGGCUGAGAAUACAAUCCUUUCCCUGAUCGACGCAAUGACGCAAAUCCUCGAGCCUUCCAAGUCACUGGAAGAAGAACUGGCGAUCAUACUGAAGUCGGCUUUUGCCACGCUGGGCCCCUACUGUAGAUGUUCACAGGAAAUGGAUCAAGUCCGGCUGGCUGCCUCGGCUUUUAUUGGGCAGGGUCUACCCCUGAUCGGGCAAGUCAGCAUGAAGGGCACCGCCGAGCCGUCCGCAAUGGAGCUGUGUGAUUGGAUGGUGUUCCAAUUGCGAGCCUCGACUGUCAGUGAAGCGACGGCCGAGCAGGCGAUAAAAAAUCUCAUCUACCUGUGCGAGUGCCUUGGGGAUGAAGAUUGGAAGAAUAUCGUUGAUCGACUCGCCAAGGUGUGCCAGCACGAGAUGCGGAAGCUGCCCGAUUCGGCGAUUAGGCGCCUCGGCGUCUUCAAGCUGUGCGCCGGGCUGGCAUUGAAAAAUGAGGGUGAGCGCCUCACGCACCUCGCCGAAACUUUCAUGCCCGCGCUGGCCAGGGAGCUGAUGAAGAAGAGUGCAAAGAACACGGAGGAGCUGUGCGACAUGGCGAUGCAGGUCAGCGAGGUGCUGAAGAAGCGGAUAGGAGAGGCCGCCUACGCCGAGCUGUUGGCCCGAGCUAGUCGCGCGCUUUCGGACAGGAUUGAGGAGCGCAAGAUUUUGAAGAAAGAGAAAGCAAUCCACCAAAACCCGGAAGAGCUCGACAAGGAGCGAAAGAAAAGAACAAAAAAGAAGGCCGACGCCCGGAAACGGAAAAUCGACACCUGGAAACCGUAUCGUGUGUCGAAGCGACAACGGGUCGAAAAAUUCCGCGAGGCGGCCAGUGACGAAGAU